AUGGGAAAAUUUUCAGACUUGUCAGAGGACAUAAUAAUAGAAAUCAUGUCAUGGCUACCACCCGAAUCUCUGUUACAGGUUAAAUGCGUUGAAAAGUCGUGGUACAAUCUGAUCAAUAAACUCAUCAAGAACCCAAUAUUUGUGGUGAAGCAUUCAAACAACAGCAAGAAGAAGAAGGUGACAUCGUUAGUGAUCUUUACGAGCUACAAAGGCAUCCGCGUAGGGUCUCUCACUAUUUACAAUGAUGAGGAUAACAAAUCAGACCUUAGAUGCGUUGAAAAAGAUUUUGAGCCACUAGUACGUAAGCACAGCGGCUUAUUCAAAUAUGUUAUUCCAACAUUUGUUGAUGUCUCUCAUUGUAAUGGCAUCAUUUGCUUCGUCGAUUGCUUAAAAAAACGUUUUUCAUUAUGCAAUCCAGCAACCGGAGAAUCGAAGCUUAUUCCAGAUCCAUGUUUUCCUAAAGACUUAGGUAAAUUUGGAAUAGGUUAUGAUCACAUUGCCAAAGUGUACAAGGUGGUUAGGAUUGUUCGAUACUUUCGUUUUUUUAUAGCUGAAGUGUAUACUCCGGGCGAUGAUGAUUGGAGGGAGAUCGAGUUCGAUCGCGAACAAAUUACACAUAGGCACUCCUUCUCCCAUGUAUAUUGCAAAGGACUCUACUAUUGGUUGUCGGAUAAGAUUCGUUAUAAGCACAAUAAAAUAGUGAUGAGCUCAUUUGAUAUGCACAGUGAGGAAUUUCGUUCUAUACGUUUGCCUGGUAUUCUCGAAAGCAAAGAUUAUAAUCCGUCGGCUUACGGGAAUAGCCUUACUGUGUGGAAUGAAUCUGUUGUUCUGUUUUGUUUUCCGAGGAAGGAAUGGUUGAAGACGAAACCUAUUGAAAUGUGGGUAAUGGAUCAAGGUCAUCAAAUUUCUCAGAGCUGGACCAAACAUGUAUCAAUCAAUACAGAAGGUAUUGAUAAUUUUAAGUUCCCAACAGUAUUUUUGAACAGCGAGGAGCUCCUUAUACAAGCAAGUCACGAAGGCCUCUUCUCCUACAACAUACGCACAAGGCAGACCAAGAGUAUUCGCAAAGGGGAAGUAAAAUGGUAUCAAACUUUUGAUUAUGUAAAGAGUCUAGUUUCAAUAGACGGGGAAUACCCUUGA